UCACCCGCAGCAAGGGCGUGAACCUCGCCGGAAACCUCAUGGCUCCGACGAGGCUGAGGCCUCUCGUCGGCGUCGACAUUCGGUUCGUCGCCUCGGGAUGCACAUCUUGCCAUUGUGUGGCAUUGGACGUCAAAGGCCGUUGCUACACAUGGGGGCGAAAUGAGAAGGGGCAGUUGGGACAUGGAGAUACAAGAAAUCGUGCUAUGCCAACAAUUGUAUCUGAAUUAUCAAAAUACAAAGUUGUCAGAGCAGGUGCUGGGAGGAACCAUACCGUAAUUGUAACUGAAGAUGGGGAUUCCUUCUCUUUCGGUAUGAAUAAGCAUGGGCAGUUGGGAACAGGUUCUAUAAAGAAUGAAGUUGAACCAUCUCCAGUUCCCUGUUUGGUAUCGCAAGCAACAAUUGCUGUUUGUGGGGCUGAGUUUACCGUAUGGUUGUCGUCAGUUGAAGGCUCUUCUAUACUAUCUGCAGGUCUUCCACAGUAUGGGCAACUUGGACAUGGAACAGACAACGAGUACAACUCUAAAGAAAGCUCAGUAAAGCUAGUUUAUGAGCCUCAGCCUCGCCCACGAGCAAUAUCUGCAUUUUCAGAGAAAACUGUUGUCAAAGUUGCUUGUGGCACAAACCAUACAGUUGCCGUUGAUUCCGAUGGCUUUCUCUACACGUGGGGAAAUGGUGGAUAUGGAAGGCUGGGUCAUAGAGAACAAAAGGAUGAAUGGACUCCUCGUCUUGUUGAAGUAUUCCAAAGGCAAAAUGUUCUGCCACCUAAUGCUGUAGUCUCAGCUGGUGGCAUGAAUUCUGCCUGUACUGCUGGAGGUGGUCAGUUAUAUAUGUGGGGAAAGAUGAAGACUAGUGGCGAUGACUGGAUGUACCCAAAGCCAGUUAUGGAUCUAAGUGGUUGGAAUAUCCGCUGCAUGGAUUCAGGUAAUAUGCAUCAUGUUGUUGGUGCUGACGAUUCAUGCAUAAGUUGGGGUAAUGCACAGUAUGGGGAACUUGGUUAUGGAUCCCUGGGGCAAAAAUCAUCAGCAAAUCCCAAAAAGGUUGAGCUUCUUGAUGGAAUGCAUGUCACGAGCGUGGCUUGUGGACUUGGUCUUUCUCUAAUUGUUGUAGAUGGAACAAAUGCUGCUGAUCGCCUGGAACAGCUUGAAGUAUACGAAGAAGAAAAUGUUGUUGAAGCAGAUGAGAGUGAGAAUGGCACUGAUCUGCCAUCCAAAUCCCCACCAAAAAAAGGCUUUGCCAAGUCUGCUUCAAAUUCCAAAAAUUCCAAGAAAAGGAAGAAGCAACAGGAUUCAUCAGAGUCGGAAGCAGAAGAGGACAAAAGCAGUGAAGAAGAGGACGAAGAUGAAGAUGAUGUGGUUGAGACAAGGAGCAAACGAGGCAGAGGCCGAGGUACAAACAAGGCCAAAAGUGGAGCAAAAACUCCAACGCGAGGGAGAGGACGCCCAAAAUCUGCAGAAUCCAAAGAGAAGAAAAGCUCAGUCCGUGGCAGGGGGCGUCCAAAAAAAGCACGGUAGAUGAUUUUAACAACUUGACUCACAAACAAGAUUUUUCUUCUGGAAGGGAACUAGAUUUGUAGUUUUUGGAUGAUUUUAAGCUUUCCAUAUUCGCAACAAGUUGGAAAUUACAUUAAGAUUAUGAGCUACCUAAAACUGGUAGCAAUGAGUUUUUAAGUUCGUGGAGAUACUUGUAAACUAACCUAUGACUUACCAUCAAGAUUGUUGUAUACCAGUUUAUGUCGUCAGUUUGAUGAACUAUCUUGUUGCCUCUCA